UUCAACUUAUUUCUACAAAACAUAUUUGCUAUAAUUAUGGUCCUUUAUUUUUUUUGUUUUUAUUUCCCCUUCAUUUUCUUACUUUUUCUUUUUUUCCUCGUUUUCCAUCGUUUUGUUGACAUCCUUUUAAAGGUUUGCAUCCGUUGUCCCUCCUUGUUGACACCGAACAGCUGAUCGGAAGCAAAAUAGUGAGACACGUUUUUCCUGAGUUUGUCUGAAAUAUUUCAUUAUUUUAUGCCAAAUUUUCUUAUAUUCAGAGCUCUUGAGAGUCCGGUCUGGGAGAAAAGUGACAUUAUCAAAAUGCGCGAAUUUUCGAGCAAGAAAGGAGUUAAUUCAAGACAACCUCAUGAAUGAACGCCAUAUUUGCCUGCUGUUAUAUUUAAUGAGUGGCUGCUAUCAUGGGGGACUCAAAGUUAGAUAUGGAAGUGCCUGACAGUGCAAUUGAAUUUGUUGCUGUCAAGGAAGAGAUUAUUGAAGAUGUUAGUGAAGUGACCAACUGUAGAAUAAAAGUUGUCGAAGAUAGUGAUGGAGUGAAUGCUGUCUAUAUCAAAACGGAGAAGGAGGUAGAUACAAGUAAUGAAAGUUCAGUUGAAAAAGAAAACAGUCUGAGGGAAGGAGUUACAAAUGGCUCGGAUGUUUCAACGUGUGAAGAGGAAGAUCCAUUGCUCUUGCCAGUGCCAUUUGGUUUUGAGGUCUGUGAGGAACUCUGCUCACCAGACCAGACAUUAUGUAAGAAAGAGGAUGAUGAGGAAAUGCGCAAAAAGUCAGACACAAAAGGGAAAUGUUUCUAUUGUGAGAUCUGUGACAAGAAACUCCCUUGCAAGAGUAAACUUUUAGUUCACAUGAGAGUACAUACAAGAGAAAAGCCAUAUAAUUGUGAAGUUUGCAACCAGGCCUUUUCUCAGAAACAUCACAUGGUGGAACAUAUGAGAAUCCAUACAAAAGAGAAGCCUUAUGUCUGUGACAUAUGUUCUAAACCAUUCUGUGGGAGAAGCAAUCUUGUGAAACACAUGAGAGUACAUACAAAGGAGAAACCAUAUAGUUGUGAUAUAUGCAGUAAGGCUUUCCCUGAGAAAAUUGCUCUGGAUAGACAUGUUAGAGUACAUACAAGAGAAAAGCCUUUCAAUUGUGAGAUAUGCAGUAAAUCAUUUUCAGAUAAAGGUAACCAAAAGAAGCAUAUGCGAGUCCAUACAAAAAAGCCUAAUAAAUAUAAGAAAAAGUGAAAAAACAUUUUCCCAGAAAGGGGCAAAGUUGGUACAUAGGGCUUGAUAUCCCCUCCUUUGCAAGGAGGUGGAGUGGCAUUGCAGGAAUAAAUAUGAAUAUUUGUUGAUUAUUAAGUUUAUGUAUAUGUUUUAGAUAUCCAGGAUGUUAAACUUGUAUUGAUUCUUUAAAUUAGGAUGUCUUGGAAAUGAGUUCCUUUGUAGAGUGUCUUG